AAAAAUAUCAAAAUCUAUUUCCUGAAACAAAAACUACAAAAGCGAAACAAGAAGAGAGGCACUUCUGAGAACGGGGAGAAUGCUGGCUCAUCUCUGUCUCCAGAUAAUGACUCUGGCCGCAGCGGUCUCAGGUCAAUUUCAGGUGAAAUCGCAAAGCGCAUUGGUGGCAGAAGUGGGAUCAGAUGCCGUUUUGCCCUGCACUCUCUCACCCCCUCUGAGUCUUCUCGGACUAGAGGUGCGUUGGUUCAGGACUUUAUAUCACUCAGUUGUGGUCCUACUGAAGGAUGGACGGGAGGAAAAGGAGCAGCAAGUUACAGAAUAUCGUGGGAGGGCAUCCUUACGAGGUUGUCCUGAGGUUGGGGACCUGGGACUGUCUCUGCGUAACAUCCGCCUAUCUGACGCCGGGAUCUAUCACUGCUUUGUGGAGAACACAAGCAGUCAGAUAUACGAAGAGGCCAUUCUGCAACUCAACGUCACAGGUGUGGGAUCUCUUCCAAACCUGACCGUCUCCGUGGCAGGAAACUCUCUGAUGCUUUCCUUGUCUACCUCUGGAUGGUACCCAGAACCAGAAGUAUACUGGGAAGGAACAGAUGGAAAUAGAAUCACCCCCGGUUCGGAGAUAUCUACCAAAGAAACGGACGGCCACUUUCGACUGGAAAGCAGCAUUCUUCUCAAAGACUCCUUGGAGGGUAACCUUUACUGUGCGGUGAGAAACGCCAUGACAUUAAAUGACACCGGCUUCUAUAUACGUAUCGCAGACUCUUUGUUCCCGCGACAAUCAAAAUGGCUCUACGCUUUCGUCUUUGUUUUUUUGGUCUGUUUAAUGGGGGGGUUUGGAGCGUUUUACGUUAUCCGGAGGCUUCAGAAUGAGAAAGACGCACUGACGGUGGAAGUCGGUCGUCUGUCCGCUGAAAUCGAUUGGAGAAAAGCCGUCAUGAAACCAGAGAACAUCCGCUUUUCCCCAGAAACCACCCAACCAAACCUCUCUGUGUCCGAAGACUGCAUGACCCUUUUUAAUCAACCUCCCGAUGUUGAACCGGAUAGCAAUAACGCCCGCUUUGAGACUGAGCGCUGCUGUCUCGGCACCCCUUCCUUCUCCUCCGGCUGCCAUUACUGGGAGGUAGACGUGGGGACAGGGCCGGAAUGGGCAGUAGGUGUUGCCUCUCCAAAGAUACGAAGACAAGGAGCAUAUCAAUUCAGCCCCCAGGAGCAUAUUUGGUGUAUUGCUAAUUUUGUUAACACCUACAAAGUGUUAGAUACACCGGAGAAGCCACUUAACUUUCAAAGAGGUACUCUGAACAUGGUUGGGGUCUACUUAAAGCUCAAAGGUCCCUGGGAGUUAUCCUUCUAUGAUGUUCACUCCUGGGAAUGCAUUGCUAAAUUCAGUGUGACUCGACAGGAGAGUCUCAGUCCGUUCUUCUGGCUGGGAAAUACAGGGGAGAAAAUAAGGCUGAUCGAGACCAAUCGAGGGAAAGCCACUGAGGGAGAAGAAAGAGAGAAAGAAGAAACAAAAAAGAGAAACGAGGAACCGGGAGAACAACAGAAAGAGGACACUGAAUGUCUUCUACAUUUGGAGUCCUCUUCCUGUUCUUCUCCUGGUUCUACACACAACCUCAAUGGCGGCGGUGUCCUGUAA